AGGUCUGAUUAUCGGUUCGGUUCGGAUGAAGCGAACGGUGAAACGACCACCGCGGAGGACGGGAACCUUCACGUCAUUCAUCGCUAUUUAGAGCAGGCCGGAGCGUGGAGAUCGCGAGAAAGAAGCGGAGGUCGAGAGGGCUUUCUCCGGCGGGGGAGAUGACGGGGCAUUCUCUCUUGGCGGUCAUCGGAAGCUCGAUUUUGGCUUUUCUUUUUAUCGCCGGAAUCCGGGUACGGAAGACCCGGAGGAGGGAGAAGGUCGACGCCGGAGAUCCAUUUGUCACCAGAAAGGUGCAAAACGGCUGGGAGAGCGACGGGGGUGGAGGCCCAGACGUCAUCGUCGUCGGGGCUGGGGUCGCUGGCUCUGCCCUAGCCUACACGCUCGGGAAGGAUGGAAGACGUGUACACAUCGUAGAGAGAGAUUUAACAGAACCUGACAGAAUUGUCGGUGAACUUUUGCAACCCGGAGGCUACCUGAAGUUGGUUGAGUUGGGCCUUGAGGAUUGUGUUGAAGACAUUGACGCUCAACGGGUGCUUGGUUAUGCUCUUUUUAAAGAUGGGAGAAAUACUAAACUUGCUUAUCCUUUGGAAAAGUUUCAUUCUGAUGUUGCAGGGAGGAGCUUUCAUCAUGGGAGGUUCAUACAAAGGAUGCGUGAGAAGGCUGCAUCUUUGCCCAAUGUGCAGUUGGAACAGGGCACUGUGACAUCAUUACUUGAAGAGAAUGGAACAGUGAAAGGGGUAGUCUACAAGAAUAAAGCUGGUGACGAAUUUAAAGCUUUUGCACCUCUUACAAUUGUAUGUGAUGGCUGCUUUUCAAAUUUGCGGAAGUCCCUUUGCUCUCCUAAGGUCGAUAUACCCUCUUCUUUUGUUGGUUUAAUUCUAGAGAACUGCCAACUUCCAUUCCCGAACCAUGGGCAUGUUAUCUUGGCUGAUCCUUCACCCAUUUUGUUCUAUCCAAUCAGUAGCUCAGAGGUCCGCUGUUUGGUCGACGUGCCAGGUCAGAAGGUACCUUCUUUAGCAAAUGGUGAAAUGGCCAGCUAUUUGAAGACGCUAGUUGCACCUCAGCUUCCCGAGCAACUGCAAGAUGCUUUUAUAAAGGCUAUUGACAAAGGAAAUAUCAGAACUAUGGCAAAUAGGAGCAUGCCAGCAGUUCCACACCCCACACCCGGAGCACUGUUAAUGGGAGAUGCUUUCAAUAUGCGCCAUCCUCUAACUGGUGGAGGAAUGACUGUGGCCUUGUCUGAUAUUGCCGUGUUGAAUAAUCUUCUUAGGCCUCUUCGUGAUCUCCAUGAUGCACCAUCUCUCUGUAAAUAUUUGGAAUCUUUUUACACUUUACGGAAGCCAGUUGCUUCUACAAUCAAUACUUUGGCUGGUGCGCUCUAUAAGGUUUUUAGUGCGUCACCUGAUCAAGCCAGGAAUGAAAUGCGCCAAGCAUGUUUCGACUAUCUAAGUCUAGGUGGUGUUUUCUCAAAUGGGCCUGUUUCGUUACUCUCAGGCCUUAAUCCCAGGCCAUUGAGUUUGGUCGCACACUUCUUUGCUGUUGCUAUAUAUGGCGUUGGGCGUCUAUUGUUGCCAUUUCCGUCUCUGAAGCGAAUGUGGAUUGGAGCUAGACUGAUUUCUGGUGCAUCAGCUAUCAUUCUCCCCAUCAUCAAGGCUGAAGGGGUUCGGCAAAUGUUCUUCCCGGUGACUGUUCCCGCAUAUUAUAGGACUCCUCCUCAUAAUUGAUGCCUGUGUGGGUGAGAGGUGGGGGUAGUGAACCUCAAGUGCCAUUUUUUGUUUGUCAAAAUUUAUGUUGUAAACAUGUCUCUUGAACUUGUUCUGAUUGAAUGAAGCUUGUGGCAUUGAGCUUGGACUCCACAAACAUUAUUCACUCUAAUAUUGUGAAAUGAGAUUUUGACAACCUUGAUUU